ACGUUGAUAUUUGUAGACGUGGGAAAAAUAUAUAUAAUUCUUGAUUAUAUUAUCUUUCAUAACACAGCUUUCGAUACACGAUUCAUAACACUUCGCUCGAUACAAUUUAUUCCCAAAGUAACCUCCAAUUCGAAUUUAUACUCCAACUUUACUUGUUUCUUUACUAUGUGACACUAUGAAACAAAAAAAGGAGAAAAAUCAAUCAUAACUAUAACAAUAAUUUGACAGCUUUAGAAAAACGAUAAUUAGAGGCAAUAUUUUUAAAAUAAAUAAACAUCAACUAAUUCUAUCGUAACAAAAUAUUGACUUCGGCCUGCAUGCUCUAUCUCCGUCCGUCUUUCGAAAUGAGACAGUGAUGGCUGAGCGCUCGUGCCAGACGGACCUGUACUACGUGUCCCCAAAACAAAUAUAAGAUUUAGUUAUAAAAACUGUUCUGUGUUGUGUGUCCUAGCACCUAGCUAGCUAGCUAGUUGUGGCUAGUGUGUGUUGUGUGUAUACCGUGUGCACCAAAACCUAUAAUGGGUAACAAGCAACUCAUUAAAAAGAAGACAUCUCGAAAAAGACAACUCAGAAGAUUCCAACAAACAAUGGAACAAACGAAAAGAAGAAAAUUGGAUAAUUUCACAGCCGAAGAUGAUACUAUAUCUUUAGACUACAUCGAACUGCAAAAUAUGGAAAUGGAAUCUCCGAUUUCAUCAAAGUUGAAAGUCAGUCAAAAUAACGAUGAGGCGACCAGCUCAAACAUUUUGAACCCACGCAUUGCACAGGUGGAUGACACUUAUCGGGUUCCUAGUCUAUUAGAGGAAGAAGAUACCCAUGAGUUACAAAUAUCGUUCGAUUUGGAAGAAGAGCUUCCUGACAAAACCGUCGGUCGAAGAAUUGUUGCAAUUAGUAAUUUUUUUACAAAAUUACAAUCGAUUUGCAAUCAUGGACCCUUAGGAUGCGGUAUUCAAGAAAUGCAGUUGGUUGGAGAAGUAAAACAUGGGCAUAAUUGAACUUGGCUCUCAUUUCACAUUUAUGUUUUUGUUGGGAAAUCAUUACUUUUGUACAAAAAGUAAGAAAUUACUAGUGUUAAUCAUAAAAGCAGUUGUGCUGAAAACGAGACCCUCGCUAACGCGCGGUCAACUGUCAAAAAAUUUCAGUUUUCAAUAUUUUCUUUUUUUAUACGCCUUUUAGUCUACCUUCAUGCCAAAUAUCAAGUUUCUAGGUUAUCUAAAAGUGGGUUAGGUUUUUGGUAAGUCUUAGGUACUUAAUUAAUCGAAUAAUUAUGAAUAUAUGAUUUUUUACAUCAAAUUAUCAAUAAUUUUCAGUUUUCAGAUUUUUUCCUCUAUACGAGUAUACUCCUAAUGGUCUACCUGCCAAAUAUCAAGAAGGUUAGGUUUUUGAUCCAUAAGUCUAAAUUAAUAGGGAUGAUGACACAUGUUGAAUUUUACAACAAAAUCUAGUAAAAUACAUAGCAAAUGAGCAAUUUAUCACAAUAUUGUGGAUAUUAAAAAAAUAUAUGGAAAUAAUACAAAAGUACAACGCCUGAAAGUUUCAACAUUAAAGUUCUUUUCAACUUCCAAAAACUACAAAAAUAAGGAUACCAUUCGAUUCCUCACAUUUUAUCCAAUAAAAAAUUGUAUGGAAACUAUAUACAUAAACGCAAUAUUUCACAGACAAAAUCGCAAUUUUCUUGUUUUGUUCAUACUUCAAGAUGGACUCUCUGUGACCUUGACGUUUUGUUCGGGGCGUUUCGCGAGUGAAGUACGACUGUCGGACUUUGACUAUCAUUUCUAACUUUUGUAUUCCUUUAAUGCAAUGGAUACCAUAUAGACUUUUGAUCCUAAAGACAUACCUGAUCGAUUGAUACCAUAAAUGAAAAUUAGUCAUCUAGCCUAUUAUCGAUAUAUGUGUUUUUCUUCAUCAAAUUAUCAAUAAUUUUCAGUUUUUAGAUUGUUCCCUUUAUAAACUCCUAAUAGUCUACCUAGGUG